AUGAAGAGAGAGUAUGUGGACCUGUCGAUAUGCAAGCAUGCUGGGCCAUCAUGUUGUACGCGAAGAAUGGAAGAAAGCUACAGAGCAGCAGUCCUGAGAGACACCUCCCAGAACAUCAGAUCAUACAGCUUUGAGCUGAAAUAUCUUAUUUCUGCACAUGUCGCCGCCUUUCAGGAUACGUUCCAGUCUCUAAUCACCUUCUCUCAGAAUCACCUGACCUCUUUGUUCGAGACCACAUACUCUUCUCUCAUGUCGUCCAUCUCCCCUCACAUCGUCUGCCUCUUCACAGAUCUUUCUCGUUUCCUCCAAGGCACUGGCAAUGUCUCCGUUGAAACUGCCGUCCACUGUUUUUUCGACAGUCUCUUUCCAUUAGUCCACACUCGUAUUGUCAAUCCUGGCAUGGCUGGUAGCAUCGGCGAGGACUCUUCUGAUGCAAACCAGCUUGGCGACUGUCUCCGCAUGACGAGGCAAGACGUUAACCCCUUUGGGCCGCACCCAAAGGUGAUGGCAGAUACGCUUGCAAGUGCAUUGCGAGCUGGCCGGGUGCUCAGCCUGGCGCUUGGCGUUGGGUUGGAUGUGAUGAACAUUACAGAGACGGCGGAGUUGUCCAAGGAAUGCACUAGGGCUCUGGUGCGCAUGCAUUACUGCUCUCAUUGCCGUGGACUCACCCUGAUCCGGGCGUGCAGUGGCUACUGCCUCAACGUCAUGCGCGGGUGCCUGGCCAGCCUCUCAGAACUCCACAACCCUUGGAGACAGUACGUUGCUGUGCUGCAGGAUCUCACACACAUCGUCGCCGGAGCACACAACCUGGAGCUCGCCUUGCUGGGGAUCAGAGGUCAGGUUGAGGAGGCCAUUCUCUACGCUCAGCUCCACGGGCCCAGGCUAACUGCUACGGUGGAUAAGGUAUGCGGUCACUCUUCAAAUGCUUCUUCAACUACAGUCAGGACGUUUCCUUCGACUUCAGUCACCCCUCCACCUGUCAACAGCUCACAGGAUGUUCCAGGAGCUGAUAAGAUCGGCAUGUUGACUCGCCUUCACAGUUCACUCCCUCUGAAAACCUCCAAGAGCGAUAGAGGUAGAACUCUGAAAAAGGUUGCACGGGAGUUUACGGGGUAUAUCUCCCGGUAUAAGUCUUUCUUCUCCAUACUUCCGGAGGCGCUGUGCGAGGGAGAGAUGGGCGUCGAUGAGCUCAUGUGUUGGAGCGGAGAUGAUGUAGUCAAAAGUUAUACUUCAAGAGUGGUGGGCAAUGGAGUUCGUGCUCAAAGACAGAACCCAGAAGUAAGAGUCAGAGGUGCUGACCCCGUGCUUAUGGAUAUCAAAAACAAACUCGAGCUCUUCAACAUGGAAAUCCAACACAUCAUGCCUGGUGUGGGGCACAGGGAGUCCUGGGACGAGACAGGCAGUGGAGAGAGCAGUGGUGAAUGUGAUGAUGAGGACGGUUGUGAAGGUUCCGGAGACUCUGUGGCAUCUCCCACUCUCACAGAAGCUGAUGUAUCCAAAAAACCAGUGAAGGUCUCCUUCAUCGACUCACCCAUCACCCAGAACAAAUCUUCGUCAGAUGCUUCUUUUUCCAUGGCCAGCUUCAUCAUCAUCAUCCUCGCUCUGGGGCUACACUGGUCCUUCAUCUGAAAGGCCACAAGCGCAUACACACACAAUGAUCACAUGCACACACGGGUGAACAUCAUAAAGAAUUGUCAGGGUCUCAUUUCCCCCAAAAAUCCAAAAAAAAAGAAAGAAAUAUAUUUAUAUUUUGUAAUAAAUCUAUGCAUUUUACAAAUUUGCCAUUUUGACAUUAUGAAUUCACAAUUAAAUAAUUCAUGGUUAUAUUUUUUAUUAGCCAUUACUUUGGUUGGCGCGUUUCCAUUACCCUUCAAAUUGUGCAAAUGGAAAUUGUGAAUUGAAAAUACACCUAAUGGAAAUGCAUGAGGUGGUUUUUCAGGCAAUGUGAAAAGGGAUGAUUAUCCAAAAAAAACAAAAAAAAAAACAUCAAAGAGGUAUACUUUAUAAAAGUUAAAUGUCAACCACUUGAGCACUUGAGCAAGUGCGUGCUACCAUCUGUGUUGCCAAGUCCAUGGUUGUUUUUGAUGUUGCGGGUUGUAGUGACCCCAAUAACAUCAUAUUUAUACAAUGGAAUGCGAAUUUACC